UUUUGAAAACUUCUCAGACAACGAGAAAAGCGUAUAAUAAAAUAAAAAAGAACACAUCUGAACACAUGCUGAUGAAUGAUACUUAUGUUGCUUUCUGAUACAAAAUGCUCAUAACAGUUGGCCAAAAUGGCUGAGAACGAACGGACGGUUAAUUUUCGGAUAAAAUAAAUAAUAAUUUCUUAAAAGAUAAAAAACGCACUCAAACGAUAAAUUAAGAAAACAAUAACAAGUUGAAAAAAAUUUAAAAAAAAACAAAAGUAAUAAAAAACACAAAAUUGUUUAUAAAUGUCACACAUAUGUUGAAGACUAACAAAAAUAAACAACAGCAACAACAACAAAAAUUGAAGAAAAACGAAGCCAAAUCACACAACAUAUAAAAAUAAAUAAAUAUAAUUAAGAUUUCAAAAAACAACAACAACCGAGCACAAUUAAAAACUAAAAAAAAUAUCGAAAAAACACAUAUGUACGAGUAUAUUCUAAAAGAAAGUGAAAAUACUUAAGAGCAAAAAAAAAAGGCAUUUAAAAAGUGUGUUUGAUGUGCUAAUUGUAUUUAAAAGUUUGGAAAACAAACAAAAAAAACACGACACUUUAAGAUAAUUCUGCCAAUAAAAUGAGAUAAUUUCAAAGUGUUAAAUGAUAAAUUGAGAAAAUGUGUGUUUGAAUUGUCUACAAAUUAAAAUUGUUUUGAAGUGAAUGAAACCAUUACAUUUUCUUUUUUUUUUUUUAAAAAAAACUAUUGUUUCUAAACGCAUACUUCGCUUGCCUCUUGAACGUCAUUAUCUUUGUGAAUUCUAUAAAUAUUUAAACGAACAAAAAAAAUUUAACUAUAAAAAUAAACUACUAACGGCUCAUUGAAAUUUUAAAUAAAUAAAAAAAUAAAAUAAGAAAAUUAUUUUUCGUUUGCUAGUUGGCCUUUAGCCAGCGGCUAAAUGUUGAUCUUCAUAAACAAAACGAACAUUUUUGAAUUGUACUCGUAUAUAGAAAUAUAGAAUACUAUAGUUCUCUCAUACUACAUUAAGCAAUUUGAUGUCCCCUUAUUCCCGUUUCAUGUGGUUUUCUUUGAAUUUAUUUGGGUGACAUUAAAAGUCAUAAUUUUUUGCGGAACAUAUACAUAAAUUGAGUUCAAAUUGGAUGACAUCGGCUACAAAAUUGUUUGACAACAGGUGGAUUAUAGUAUAUGCUUUUCAAAUAUUUAAAAAAAAACAUUUAAAGAGAUUACACGAAAGAAACACAAAGCACUCUAAGAGAGACACAAACUGUCACAUAACACAAGAGCGGAAAAAGUUGAGUUUCGAAAAUAGAAUCGCACAAGUGUUUCCUUAUGUGAUUUACAUACAACAACAUUUCAACAAUGUCAGAUUUGUUUAUGGAUAUGCAUCGCCGUCGUCGACGUUGGCAUACCCAUCAAACCACACCACCAACGUCCACAUCGGCAACUACAACAACCUCAGAAUCGCCAAGUUCAACACAAGAUACAAACGAUCACAACACAUUUAGUCAUCAUAAUUAUUCGACUAGAAAUGGUGCAGAUGCAGCAACUAAUGCCAAUUAUAAUUAUAAUAUUCGCAUAGAAGGUAAAGAGGAAAAACAUGACAACAAUGAUAAUGAUAACGAUGACGAUGACAAUAAUGAUGAAUUUGCAAAUAUAUUAAGUUUGAAAUUACGAAAACCCAAACAUUGGAAAUGGGAGCUAUCUACCUCAAAAUCAUGUUCUAACAUAGCUUUACCACGUAUUUUACUGUACGAUCAUAAAGGUCAACUUUUAGUAGAUGCCCAGGGUGAUGAUGAUGAAAGCGUUUAUAAGCAAAAAGAUUACGAAAAACCCAAACGUGAUAAAUCUAAAAAGCGUUCACAUCACUCAAAACAGGAGCAAUCCCAAUAUCAACAACGUUCUGCCACCACAAAUCUAACGCAUUCCAUACGUAAAGCUUUGGAAAAGGAAUUUAAUGGUUUACAAAUCCAAGAAGCUACCCCUUCUCCUGAACCCUAUUCGCACAUGUCCAAUCAUUCAUCACAUCGCAGCCGCAAAGCAAUUGACUUUAAUACCACUGAUUUGCCGGACUAUGGUCUCUCUAGGAGAUCAUCGUCUUUAAGAGGCGUACGCUUCAAUGUAGAAGACGACGAAGAUCCAGACUAUUAUGAAUCACAAAUACCCGAAUUUUUACCUACCCCACCAUCGACCACAACACCUACAUCUUCGUCUUCGGGUCCUCGAGAGAAACGCAAAUAUCGUCGUUCUCAAAGUUCCGGCAGAUCAUCAGCGCACUCGGGCUCCAUACUCGAACGAUUCAGUUAUCAAAAAGGACGCUUUUCUUCACCCGAAUACGCCGAAGAGAAAGAAGUUAUACAUGGUCCACGUUACUUUUUGCGUACUAGCAAAGCUGGCACUUUGGUAGUACAGGAAGAUAGUUUCAGUCAACAUCCGCGAAGAAGAAGGCGAACAUUGAAAAAUCGAUCAACCGAGUCGCUCCAAAGUAUGCAGAAAUCAUCACUCUCUUCCACCCCUCCUGCACAACAGCAGUCUGCUUGCAAUAGCCCAACUCCAGGCGAGUUAAAUUGUAAUAGAAAACAGCAACCCAUACGUCGUCAUUUGACUGAUGGAAAUAUUUUAUUAAAUAAACAAUUAUCCACAUCUGAGGAAGAUGUUGCAGUUGCGGCUGGCCAAAAACAACUAAUGGAUAAUGUUAAUUCAAGACAUUUACGUAAAUAUGUACAGGCACGUAAUCAAGCAAAAGAUUUGGAUUAUUCACCCGAUGUUCAUCAAAAUGGAAAAGUUAGAUGAAGAUAUUGGUAGACGUUUCGGAACGAGUAUUGUUCAUAGAUAUAUGAUGUAUAUUUAAAGACAUGGUUGUGACACAUUAAGUAACUCAAUGAAUUUAAUAAUGUAAAAAUAUGUGUAAAUAAAAUUAUAAAAUAAUUUAAAAA